AACACUAACACCCUGUCACGGCUCGUAGUUCUUUAUUCCUCCAAAAAAAUAUGUUAAUGUAAAUCAAUGGAAGUUUCGCAUAUGUGUAUAAGGCCGAAUCGCGAUAGUUGACGAUUUAACAGAUCUACAAGGACUUACUGAAAUCAUUCAAAAGAGAAACGUACACGAAAAUUUUGCUCUUAUAGAAAAGUUGAUUGGCUAUUCGCAUAGCUUUGAGCUGUAAAUUCAGCAAAAUAUAAGUCUAAAGACAAAGACGCUCAAGUAGUAACGUUUCUAAAGUCCUGUGUCCAGGAUGCUAGAACUUGGACCAAGGACACAGGCCUUAAGUGGACAUCCUGCAUUUAAAUAUUCAUUUGAGUAUAUUUCUCUCUUAAGGUUAAUACAAUCUGUUACAUGGAUCCUCAUAAGGAGCAUCUAAUUUAUUCAAAAAUUUUAUUUAUGUAAGAACUAGAUUAAUGUCGCUGACAUUUUUUAUGCCUCAUACCUUCAGUGUAUUUUCAAAUGCAACAUCCCAUUAAGCACCGAGCAUCAGUUACAUUGCAUUUAUGUUAUAAUUUCUCACUCAACAAUGUAAAUGUAAUAUAAAACAUGUGUUAUCUGGGAACGCAUUUAAACUAUGAUACCUUCCCCGCGGUAUCGAACGUGAUAUAUCGAUACACUAAACUCGCGGACAUCCGACGCGACUUCCGAUUGGUUAUCUCAUCCUGAAGUGGAGUCAUGACGAGCGAACGCGACCAACCAGCGUUCGCGUUGAAGCUAGCGCACAGCUAGUGAUAUCGACACUCGCUCGACGGUGAUGUCGAACAUCGAUUCUUCUAGGAAACACUCGCCGCAACGGUCGAGCAGUGAUGCCAGUUUAGCAGACAGAACCGAAACAGCUGUGUCAAACAUGGAGAGGGGGUGCGCCGGUAUGCACACGACACAGCGGCCACGUCUGUUACGUUACGUGGACGUGAUCCCAGUUUUCGUGUGCGUGCCGGCGCAUUCCCUCCAUAUGCUUACAGGAUGUUGUUCGGUCCACGACGGCGUACUGCGUCCGGUUUAACAGUUUGACCUGUCACACAAUAGGAAAGCACAGACAAUAAGAGAAUUGGGCAGUUCUGCUUGGGACGUUGAGUGAAUAACCGUUUACUAACCUAGAAGACUUUCGUCGUCAUUAAUUGCCUUAAAUAUGGCGCGUAAGAAGCCUAGCACCAUGUGGAAAUAUUUCACGAAAAUAGACAACAGUAUUGCACGGUGCAAUUUGUGCAGUCAGACCGUCAAAAGUUUGGGUACCACAUGUUACAUGAUAAAACACUUUAGGGCAUACCAUCUACAAUGGAACGACACGGGGAAAAAGAACAACAGGCUGAAAACGUCAAAAUUAAUCACGAAGAGAGGCAGAAGAAAUCGCUGGCAGAAAAGAAACGAUGCUGACAACACUGACACUUUGCACGCUGUAGCUGGAACAAGUUGUGAAACUAUGGUUGAGAUACAGAAAGAACCGCCCAUUACACAAAUGAGUACAUCGUCCUCAGUAACGCUCGGGAGGCUAUCUACUCAUGGUGCUCGUCAAACUCAGAUACUGGAUGCAAUUCUCUAUUAUAUCUGCACUGACUACCAGCCGUUCAACGUCAUUCAACAGAAGGGAUUCAAGUAUCUGAUGAAGAAACUGGCACCUUUUUACGAAAUCCCUGAUAAAACUGCGAUCAAGAAAAGACUCGAUGAGAAAUAUGACAUAGCAGCUGACAUUUUCAAGCAAAAUCUGAAUAAGGCUUUGCAUAUGACUAUCACUAUAGAUACCUGGUCCGAAGUAGGAUCCCCCGGAAGUUUCUUGGGAGUCAAGGUGUAUUUCAUAGCGAAUAAGGUCAAGAAGAUAGAGUCAGGGAACAUCGAGGUUGUCGAAUUACUCGAGUUCACUGCUGAUUGCAUCGCAAGUGAAAUCCUGAAGAUUCUGACCAAAUGGUGCAUCGACGUUAAUAAAGUUGUAGCGGUUGUGACCAACAAUGAACCUGAUAUGAUUAAUGGCGUCACGCGGAUAUUUGAGCAGAAAAAGCACAUUACCUGUUUUGCUUAUACCAUCAAUUUGGUGGCAGAGAACUGCUUGAAGAACUGCAAAGGCCUUGAUAAGCUCGUCAAUAAAGUUAGAUCGAUUGCAAAAUUUGUGAAAAACACCGAUCUAGCUAACGAGCUGCAUCGGUAUCAGAUCGAUUCGGGUGUACCCGAAGACGCGACGAAGAAACUCAUUCUGAAUGCCGAUAUGAAGUGGAACAGCAUAUUCUACAUGAUAGAACGGUUUAUCGGGCUCUGGGACGCGAUCCAAAAGAUUCUACUUGCAAAACAUAUUCCCGAGUAUAUAAUAAAAUGCGUGCCAACCGAUGACGAGUUAGUCACAUUGAGGGAAAUACUGAACCUGCUGAGACCGCUAGAGUUCAUGGUGCACGAGUAUUCGACCAAGAAUUAUAUCGCAGCAUCGAAGAUAAUACCGCUCAUCAACUGCGCCAUAACCGAGUACCAAAUUAUUGAGCAGACGACGGAUUUAUCUGUCAGAUUGAAGAAAGCCAUCCUGACGGAACUGGAGACCCGAUUCGGUCAAAUAGAGUUUACCACUCUGCUGUCUAUCGCCACUAUACUGGAUCCCCGCUUCAAGACCAUACAUUUUCGGAACGCGCACGCUCUGACCGAUAUCGUGAACCUGUUGUGCGGCAUGUUGAGUAAAUAUUCUAGCUCAUCCGACGAGUCGAACACCGAGCAGCAGAAAACAAGAUACAAUCUUUGGAGCCAUCAUAAAUUUUUGACGCACAUGUCCAAGAAAGACAACAUGUCUCUACAAAAUGAACUGUCCUUGUACCUGGACAAACCGCUAGCGGCUCUGGAGGACGAUCCUUUGGAGAGAUGGGAGAGCAUGAGACUCCUGUGUCCCACCUUGUACAUCAUGGCAGUGAAACACCUGUCGAUUGUCGCCACGUCAAUUCCGGCGGAGAGACCGUCAAACGCGGGAAUCGCAACGACUCGGUUGAAGAACCGACAUGGCAAACACUUCAGGAAAUUAUUGUUUUUAAAUUCAAUCGAUCAGGAAUACUGGUCUUGAUGAAUUUCCAAUGCAGAACGAUCCUCUUGAGAAAAAUGACGUCCAUUGCAUAUUCCAUAUGUAAUUAUAUAUAGUUAACAUAAUUGAUAUUAUGUUAAAUAAACUAUGACUGAUUAGAAGCA